GAAAGCACAGAUGGGGGCGUGUGAGUGACACGUAGUGAGACACACAGCAAGCGAGUGAAAGGGUGUUAUUACAAAACUAAGGAGCGUUCGUGUAUUGAAACCCUAAUUAGCAUACAUACAUUUGGGGGAAAAGCCGUCACUCGCCGGAUCACAUCGCGUGGCAGAACGAUUGCGGAAAAUACUUGUUUUGAGGUGGAAGGAAAACAAGUGGAAGAGAGUAGUUAAUCAAGGUGACAAGGCAUCGUCUGGAAAGGAGUGAGUGGGAAACAAUUCCUUUUUUCUCGUAAUGGAUAUAGAUCUUAGGUUACCUUCUGGUGAAUAUGAAAAGGAACAAGAAGAAGAAGAAGAGGAAGAGGAAGAAGAUGAGCCAAAUGGACUUGUUAAAAUAUUGAGUGAAGAAGAUAAAUUACAGAGUGCAGGACUGAGUAGCACUAUGGUGCUCGUGGAAGAUGAUGCAAGCAUGAAUUCUAAUGCCGUGGAUGUUUUUGAUGGUAACGAAGAUUCAAAUUUGGAGCCACUUGCUGGAAUGGAAUUUGGGUCUCAUGGGGAAGCAUACUCUUUUUAUCAAGAAUAUGCCAGGUCCAUGGGUUUCAAUACUGCGAUACAAAAUAGCCGUCGUUCGAAGACAUCAAGAGAAUUUAUUGAUGCAAAAUUUGCAUGUUCCAGAUACGGCACAAAGCGUGAGUAUGACAAAUCAUAUAAUAAACAACGAAGUCGGCAAGGAAACAAGCAAGAUCCAGAAAAUUCAUCGAGCCGAAGAUUGUGUUCAAAGACAGACUGCAAAGCCAGUAUGCACGUAAAGAGAAGAUCCGAUGGGAAAUGGAUUAUACAUAGAUUCGUGAAAGAACACAAUCAUGAACUUUUACCUGCCCAGGCCAUUAGUGAACAAACUAGAAAGAUGUAUGCUGCAAUGGCAAGACAAUUUGCUGAGUAUAAGAAUGUUGUUGGUCUCAGGAAUGACUCUAAAAGUCCAUUUGAUAAAGGUCUUAGUUUGGCACUCGAAUCAGGAGAUGCAAACUUCUUACUAGACUUCUGUGUGCAGAUGCAGACUAUGAAUUCCAAUUUUUUCUAUGCAAUAGAAGUGAACAAAGAGCAACGUCUAAAGAAUGUGUUAUGGGUUGAUGCCAAAAGUAGGCAUGAUUACACCAAUUUCUGUGAUGUUGUUUCUUUUGACACAACCUAUUUCCGAAACAGUUAUAAAAUGCCUCUAGCUCUUUUCGUCGGGGUUAAUCAGCACUAUCAAUUCAUGUUGCUCGGAUGUGUACUGCUGUCUGAUGAAAGUUCAACCACAUUGUCAUGGGUGAUGCGUACAUGGUUAAAAGCAAUGGGUGGACAGGCUCCAAAGUAUAUAAUUACUGACCAAGACAGAUCCCUGAAGUCAGUUAUAUCUGAGGUUUUCCCAUCUGUUCGUCAUUGCUAUUUUAUGUGGCAUAUACUGGGGAAGAUAUCUGAAACUUUAAGUCAUGUAAUUAAACAGAACGAUAAGUUCAUGUCAAAACUGUUGAAAUGUAUUUACAGAUCAUGGACUGAUGAGGAGUUUGACAAAAGGUGGCAGAAGUUUGUGAAUGUGUUUGAGCUAAAAGAAAAUGAUUGGAUACAUUCACUCUAUGAUGACCGCAGACAAUGGGUGCCAACCUACAUGAAUGGGGCUUUAUUAGCUGGGAUGUCUACAGCACAGAGAUCUGAGAGUGUGAACUCUUUCUUUGACAAAUAUGUGCACAAAAAGACCACUCUCCAGGAUUUUCUGAAACAUUAUGAAACCAUUUUACAGGACAGGUAUGAAGAGGAAUCUAAGGCAGAUUCUGAUACCUGGAACAAGCAGCCUGCAUUGAGGUCCCCAUCACCAUUUGAGAAGCAUGCAUCUAGCAUAUACACCUAUGCAUUGUUCAAAAAAUUCCAGUCUGAGGUUUUAGGUGCAGUUGCUUGUAUGCCUAGAAAUGAGAGGGAGGAAGGAGCAACCACUACUUAUAGAAUUCAUGAUCUUGAGAAGCAGCAAGAGUUCAUAGUUACUUGUAACAAACUGAGGUCAGAAGUAUUUUGUAUGUGUCAUAUGUUUGAAUUUAAAGGUUUUCUUUGUAGACAUACUCUGCUUGUUCUUCAAAUUUGUGGCCUUUCUUCCAUACCAUCCCAAUAUGUUCUAAAGCGAUGGACGAGAGAUGCUAAGAUCAGGCAUUUAAUGGUCGAAGGAUCUGAACUGGUGCAGUCACGGGUACAGCGCUACAACAGCUUGUGCCAACGAGCACUGAAGUUGAGUGAAGAAGGGUCUUUAUCUCAACAAAGUUAUAACAUUGCACUUCGUGCACUUGAAGAUACCUUUGGAACUUUGAAUCUCGACUCCAAUAGGGAUCUCAUGGAUGCUGGUACCUCAGGUAAUCAUGGUCUGCUUAUUGAAGACGACAAUCAAAGUAGAAGCACAAAUACGAUCAAAACCAACAGAAAGAAGAAUCCGACUAAGAAAAGGAAGACAAACUUAGAGCCCGACAUUAUUGGUGUUGGAGCAGAAGACAGCUUGCAAAAUCUGGAGAAAAUGAACUCCAGACCUGUCAACCUGGAUAGCUAUUUUGGAACUCAACAAGGCAUGGUGCCUUUAAACUUAAUGGGUCCAUCACGUGAUAACUAUUAUGGACAACAGAAUAUUCAGGGGCUGGGACAACUGAAUAGCAUUGCACCAAAUCACGACGGAUACUAUGGAAACCAGACAAACAUACAUCAGAUGGGGCAGAUGGAGUUUUUCAGACCAGCAUCUUUUACAUAUCCCCUUCGGGAUGAAGCCAAUAUACGAGCAGCACAUGAUGGCGGAUCAAGACAGCCAUGAUACAGUUCCCCGGCUUGGUAUAGAUACUAGGUGCACCGGGCUCAAGAAUGCAGACAGAUUUUUUUUAAUGUUUUAUAUUUUUGAAAACAGCUUCAUACAUCUUCAUAUAUCUGUAAUUCUGUAUUGAAACUAAAUUUAGUUUUGUGUACCAAAUGUACUAUGAUACACAGAGGAUGACCAAUGAUGUCGGCUUCUUUGAGUUUUAUCUAAUAUUAUCGGUUUUCUAGAAAUAA